AUUGAAUUUUUCACUCACUCAGCAACCACUUUGAGAGAGAGAGAGAGAGGGAAUCAAAGGUUCUUCUCCUCGCAUAGAAGAAGAUGACUUUUUAAAAUUCUACUUUAAUUUCUCCCAUCUGCUUCAGUUUCCUUUCUGCACCAAACACCCACACACACACAUUCUCUCUCUUUCUCUACUAAUUAAAUAUUAAAGUUUACUUUUUUGAGAAAUUCCAUUCAGAAGAAGAAGAAGAAGAAAACAGAGCUCCUUUACAGUUCAGCUAUGGCGUUUCUCAAAGCUCUAGCCUUUCUCUUCGUCUUAACCUUCGAAACCACGGCAGAUGCAGAUUCCUCGUUUUCCUUUAACGGGUUUGCGAAAUCUCCUUCCUUUGACAACAACAUUGCUCUGUUUCGAGAUUCCAAGCUCCUUGUCAACGGCGGCGGCGGUUCGUCGAUUCAGCUGACCGGCUCAGUGACUCGGAGCGAAGGACGGGUCCUUUACAAGAAACCCAUCAAACUAUUCCAAGGUACUACUAAAGAAAGAAGAAACUUUUCGGGAUCGUUCUCCACUAGCUUCUCCUUCUCCAUGAUGUCCUCCUCCAGAGAGAUCGGUAGUGUCCUGUCUUUUGUAAUGGUUCCAUCCGGUUUGGAUCUUAGGCUGUUUGCUAGAAAGGACAACAACACUUCCUCCUCUGGUCUAGGUUUCUUGUCGCGGAACGAGAUUGUCGCUGUCGAGUUCGGUGUCUCCAAGAGAGGAAACCGUGUUGGGGUCUUAGUCGGUCGACCCCAAUCCGCUAGAAUUAGAAACUUAUCAUCUUUCGGUGGCGGUUUCGAUGAAGUGAGUUGCUGGAUUGAUUACGAGGCAAGCUCUAAGAGAAUAGAGGUUCGUCUGAGUCUAUCAGAUGACUUGAAGCCGGUGGAUCCGUUUAUCUCUUACUCGGUAGAUUUGGGUAAGAUAUGGAAAGAGAAGAAGUUCAUGGUGGGUUUGACAUCUGCAAAUGGAAACUCUUCCAAGCCACAUUAUCUACGUUCAUGGAGCUUUAAGCUGAGGCAUCCUUCGAUGAGGAUUCACUCGCAGCCCCUUGAUCCAAACGCAGUUGUUUCCAAGACUGUUAAGGAUGAGGAGAGGAAGACAGUGGAAGUGAAGGGGAAGGGGAAGAGCAAGUGUGUUUGGAGAAUGUUCAGUGCAUUGGUUCUAGGUGGUGUUUGUGGAACUUUAGGUGCCAUGUUUGCGUUAUAUCUUUGGACAAUAUGCGGUAAUAGGCGGUCGAUGGCAGUGGUUCCUGAGGAAUGUGGUAAUGAUAAAUCAGAUAUCGUUGUGAUGAAAGCCGCAGCUGUUGUUGAUGAAGAAGCCAAGAAUUAGUUUGGUGUGUUUUCUUAGAAUGUUGUGUUUGUCUUUUGUGUUUGUAAUGUGUACAUUCUUGUGUCCUUCCUCCUCUUGUUCUUCUGUUGUUUUGUUUUGUUUUUUUAUUAGUUGCAGGUUUGGUGAGAUGAGCUUUCACAUGUAGAAGAAUAUUACAAUAUGUAUUAGUUAAGAUCUUGAAAUCUUGAUCAAUUCAAUUCAAUACAGUUGUCUUUC